UGGGCCCAUUCCAGUCAACUCCCACAGUCAAAACCCUCUCUCAUUCUCUCUCACUCUCACACGCACACACAUUCUCAGGGUCACAAGCCUUCGUUUUUAUGGUUCCCAAAUGUGUUAACAUACUGGCUCGUUGUUUCUUACCCCACUUCUCUUUGCUCUCUCUCUUGGUGAGUGGAACUUUCCCUCUUGGUCUCGACCAUGGCAGUGUACGGACCGGGAUUUCUUCUGGGUUUUCUUGUAUUUCUUGGAACGCAGCUUCUCCCUCCAAUAAUGGCAGAGUGCCCCUUAAAGUUGAGUGGAUCAAACAUUACUCUGGCCGCUUCCUUGUGCUCUAAUAACAAUGACAGAGGAAAGUGUUGCCGCUAUAUAAAUGCUUUCAUUGCUGUUUCUAUUGCUCAGUAUGCAAAUUCAACAAGCAACUUAGGGGUUCCUUCAAAUUUAUCUGACAUAUGCCUCCAUUCUAUAUCACAAACCUUAGAACUGUAUGGAGUCCCCCGAAAUGCAACAGCUUUCUGUGGGUUUGGGACAAAAAUUCCAGUAAAUUAUGAGUGUAAGGGCCGAACAACUGUCACACAGAUGCUGCGGUCUCCAAAAUUCAUUGAUGUCAUGGAAAAUUGCAAAGUACCACUUUCGGAGGAAAGUACUUGCAAGAAGUGUUUAAAUGCUGGCAUUGUUUAUCUUCAUCAUCUAUUAGGAACAGAAGAUAAUAUAACAUUGAGUACCUGCCGGGACGCAACUUUUGCUGCACUGGCUAGUCAAGUUGAUGAUGCUUCAGCUAUUGGCAUUGCAAGCUGUUUCUUUCAAGUCCAGGGGCUUAACAUCCUACCAGUUUCAGAGCCAUCCUCAUCAUCCACCCCAAAGGCCUCUCCGAGCCCUUUGGUUGCUUCUAGCCCAAGCCAACACUCGUUGGGUCUUCCCCUAAAUGAAAAACAUCAUUCCUACCACUUGACAAUGGUUCCAGGUAUUGGGAUUGCAGUAACAGCUGUCGCUGUAAUGAUGCUUUUAGUCUUGAUAGUUCUCAUUCGAAGGAAAAGUAGAGAGCUUCUGGAUUCUGAGAAUAUAGAUAAAAAAUCAUCAAAAUCCUUUCCCUCAACUCCUCCUAUGAGGAAAUUUCAGGAAGGUGCUCCAUCUAUGUUCCGAAAAUUCAGCUACAAGGAAAUAAAGAAGGCGACAGAAACCUUCAACACGAUCAUUGGACGAGGGGGAUUUGGAACUGUGUACAAAGCUCACUUUAGUGAUGGUUUAGUGGCAGCAGUGAAGCGGAUGAACAAAGUUUCAGAGCAGGGGGAGCAUGAGUUCUGCAGAGAGAUAGUGCUCCUUGCCAGAUUGCAUCAUCGUCAUCUUGUUUCUCUAAGGGGUUUUUGCAGUGAGAAACAUGAGAGGUUUCUCAUGUAUGAAUACAUGGCAAAUGGUAGCUUGAAGGAUCAUCUUCACUCUUCAAAUAGAACUCCUCUAACUUGGCGGACUAGAGUCCAAAUUGCCAUUGACGUGGCUAAUGCUCUGGAGUAUCUCCAUUUCUAUUGUGAUCCUCCUCUGUGCCAUAGAGAUAUUAAGUCCAGCAACAUCUUAUUGGAUGAGAGUUUUCGUGCCAAGGUUGCAGAUUUUGGCCUUGCGCAUGCUUCAAAAGAUGGUUCUAUUUGCUUUGAAGCGGUAAACACGGAUAUCCGGGGCACUCCAGGUUAUAUGGAUCCUGAGUAUGUGGUUACCCAAGAGCUGACGGAGAAAAGUGAUGUAUACAGCUAUGGUGUGCUACUGUUAGAGAUAGUGACUGCGAGACGAGCCAUACAAGACAACAGGAAUUUGGUAGAAUGGUCGCAAAAAUACAUGGCAUCAGAGCUAAGGCUACCUGAUCUAGUGGAUCCCAGUAUACGGGAUUCAGUUGAUCUGGAUCAGCUUCAGACUAUCAUGUCUGUUGUGAGAUGGUGCACCCAGAAAGAAGGCCGGGAUAGGCCUUCAAUUAAACAGGUGCUCAGGCUUUUGUAUGAGAGUUCAGAUCCAAUGUAUAGUGGAUUUCUAGCAGCUGUGGACGAUGAAGAGUACGAAGAGACUGAAGGACGGGGAAGGAAUAGUAAAGGGAAGAUGCACAGGAGUGACAUGAUUUUUCACAGUGGGGAUGGAAGAUAUCUUGCUUCUUCUUCAAGUACAUCCAGGUCCUACUGUAGUAGAAGCUUCUUGCUAGAAAAUGGUUCCCCACAAUCCCCUCCAAAUAUUCCAUCCGUUUGAGGCAUUCAUUUAGCCAUUAUCACCAAUUAGAAAAGGCUGGUAGCACAUGAUCAUUUUUGAAACCACUGAAUCAGAUUGCCGGCCUGUUGCGAGAUUCGAGGUACGUUGAGUAUUUCUUUAGCUCAACCUUUUGAGAAGCACAUUAAACAACGUCAAGGUGUUUCCCAGCAUAGGCCAAAGGCCAAAGAAAAUUGUGAGGACGGUAAUGUUGCAUCCUUUUGUGUUAAAAGUUUUGGGGAAGAGAAACAUAGAUAUAUAUAUCUUUGCUUGUACUUUGGGUAUGAAGUUUAACAAUUUUAUAACCAACAUUUAGUAUAAAUUAGUGUUAUACCUAGAAGUGUCUUUU